CCCAGCCGAGCUCCCCGGCAUCCAGACCUCACUGCCCCGGGACACGACACGCUCUGCGGCCAGCGCCAUGAAGCGGCAAAACGUGCGCACCCUCGCCCUGAUCGUGUGCACCUUCACCUACCUGCUCGUGGGCGCUGCAAUCUUCGACGCGCUGGAGUCCCAAAAGGAGACGAGCCAAAGGAAAGAGUUGGAUUUGAAAAAGCUGAAGCUGCUGAGCUCUUUUAAUUUGUCCACGGAGGACUUUGACGAACUGGAGAAAGUGGUGCUGCAGCUCAAGCCGCACAAAGCCGGGGUCCAGUGGAAGUUUGCGGGCUCCUUUUACUUCGCCAUCACCGUCAUAACCACCAUAGGUUAUGGCCAUGCUGCGCCUAGCACCGAUGGAGGGAAGGCCUUCUGCAUGCUGUACGCUCUGCUUGGAAUCCCCCUCACCCUCGUAAUGUUCCAAAGUGUGGGCGAACGGAUCAACACGUUUGUCCGCUACCUCCUGCGGCGCUUCAAGAAAUGCCUGGGAAUGCGACGCACCGAAGUGUCAAUGGUCAACAUGGUCACUUUUGGAUUUGUGUCCUGCAUGAGUACGCUAUGUGUGGGAGCGCUGGCCUUUUCCCAUUUCGAAGGCUGGAGUUUCUUUCACGCCUACUACUACUGCUUCAUAACACUAACCACUAUUGGAUUUGGGGACUACGUUGCGCUACAGAAUGAACAGGCUUUGCAAACUCAGCCCGAGUACGUAGCUUUUAGCUUUAUCUACAUUUUGACUGGACUAGCUGUGAUUGGUGCGUUCCUCAACUUAGCAGUGUUGCGGUUUAUGACAAUGAACGCCGAAGAUGAGAAAAGGGAUGCAGAGCAAAGAGCGUUGCUAGCACAUAAUGGACAAGCAGGGCACGUGCAUUGCUCCAUGGAUCCCGGGUCACCUCUGUCCACGCCUUCCGGUUGCGGGGGCGUUAGUGGGGUGAGCGCGAGUGGGGCGGCUAGUCGUGGGCUUCGAAAUGUAUACGCGGAAGUCCUGCAUUUCCAGUCGAUGUGCUCAUGCCUUUGGUAUAAAAGUAGGGAGAAACUGCAGUAUUCAAUCCCAAUGAUAAUCCCUAGAGACCUCUCCACAUCGGACAUAGAGCAAGGCGAUGGUUAUUCCAACACGCUACAUUCAAACGGAUGUGUGUGCAGUCUGCAACGCCAUUCAGCCAUCAGCUCAGUGUCCACGGGCUUGCAGAGUAUCAACACCUACAGAAGACUCAACAAGAGAAGGAGUUCCAUUUGAUCUGUAUUUGAAGACCUAUUUCUGAUGUAGGUAAUCAAUGAGUAUUUUAAAUCUGUCCCAACUGAGAGACUUUCAGGUUAUGAGCAAGGAUGCAAUACCUUCACUGGACAGAGGAGGCAGUGUUGACCAGUAGUGAAAUAUAGACGAAAAGACAGUUUGGGCCAAAGCUGUUCCAUGCUGUUUGUGUAACAGAGCUAACCAGGAAUUAUGUCACCAAGUAACGAAAGAAGCAAUAAAGACAUCACAUGGUUAUUUUAGACACUACACAGAAGUCUGAUUUUUCUAAUGUGAUGUUUUUGCCCACGAGGGUGAAUCGACUGUAUUGCGGCACAAAAUGACAUCCUUAACACAGCUUAUUACAUUCUCUAACUUCACUAGCUCUGGUUAUGAAAACGGAGCAGUUUAAAGCAGAGUGAAUGGAUGGUUCCUUUAAACCCAAAUUAUGUAAUUAAGUUGAAUGUUUUAAGAGGGCAUUUAGUUAGUCUAAACAUAGAAAGUACAUGCCUCUAAAUAGGUGACAUGCAGAAAUCUAUCACUGAAGCACAUUGAGGUAUGUCAGUUGAAGUAUUUAUUAACAGUGUAUUCUUGUUUAAGCCCUGUAUUUUUAAUCAAUUCUUUAUUUAUAUGGUUUGCCUCUUGAGGGACCAGCGCAUACUAGUUUCCUUUAAGCAUUCUAGAUGUAGUAUGACUAAUCUGAAGUUUAGUCCUGAGAUGUCCUGAAAUAUUGACUCACUGAAAUGACUAUUAUGUGGUCUUGUUAUAAAUUGAAUCUUUGAGUAGACUUUUGCCAUAGACUGUAUAAAGAAAUGGACUAAGUGAGUGUGAUGUCACCUUUAGCUCUCGGCUCCAGUCAAAUGAAGCUCAUCGAGGUUAGCAGUAGGGAUGGGACAAUAAACAAUAUUAUCGUUCAUCGUGAUAAAAAGGGUUGACAAUAAUCGUUCAUGGGACAUUUUAUAUAAAUCGUGAUAAUCGCCAACAAAGAUAAUCACCAUUAUAUCACCUAAAUGUGCAGAAAAAAACUACUUAUCCAUAGGGGAGUCGAUGAGGGGGACAAAGCAGUUUGUUUUUCGGGGCCUCAGAGUCUUAGGGGCCCAGAAAUUGACCUUUUUCCUAUUAAUUUAUAUUACAGGGGGGCCAUGUGCGACUUAUUGCCCCGGGCCUCCAAAUUUCACUUGACGGCCCUGCUCAUCCAUAAUAUUCUCUAAAAGUUAUAAUUAAUCAUGUACAUAACAACUUUAAUCAUUAUCAUGAUAUAAUCGUUAAUCGCAAUUAUUUUGGCCAUGAUAAUCGUCACACAAAAUUUCAAUAUCGUCACAUGCUUAGUUAGCAGUUAUAGGAGCGAAAUUGCAAGUUGCAUAUUAUGAAUUCCAACCGUGCGUAUCAUAGCAACCAAACAGCCAAUCCGGAGCCAGGCUGUUGAAAGUAACGCCCUGUCCCGGCACUACUAGUUUAGCAGAGAAUAGUGCGAAUAGUGCUAGUGGGGAAAGAAGGAGCCUGAUUUGUCUGUUAUUAAUGUUCAUAUCUUAAGUUACGGACACAAUAGCGACAUGAAAAUACCAGGAUCAUAUAGAGCGGGUUAAUACAAACGUUUUAAGACCAAAAUGACGAGCCUGACAGCAGCAGUUACAGAGAGAGGGGUGACAGUUUUUCAAUACAAAGUGAAUUGGAGCCAGAGUGAAAGGAGCCAGAAGUGCGCCCAUGAUCACUUCCUAUUGAGAACACGGCGGCUAUCAGGUUAGCUAUGUCCAUUUAUAUAUACAGUCUAUGGCUCUCACAUAUUAAGGAAACACAGCAGUCAACAGUGAAUAGAUGUAUGUACUGUAUUUAAUGUUGUACUGUAUUACUAUGCCAAUUGUUCUUGCCAAAAUCAACUCUGGCCAGACAAAGGCCUCUUCAAUCCGAGCCCCUUUCAAAGUAAAACAAAACCAAAACAUAUAUGAAGUUAAAUGCAGCACUGUUUCUUCACGCUAGUUUUAGUUUGUCUUCAAAGCCAAAACAAUGAAUCGGGCAUGAUUUCAGUUAUUUAUGUACUAAUCAUUUUUCUAGAUUUGGAUUUUACAUUGCUUUGUUAUUGCAACAUUUCAGAGUGUCCCCAAAAAUGCCGGGUAUUAUAUACGUACUAGUGAAAUGUGCAAGUCUAUAUGAUUAUUGUAAUGUAUAGAAUAUGUUUCACUGUGAGAAGUGUUUAUAAGAAUCACUGUACAUAGAUAUACAUAGAAACCCUUGAGAAAUGAUUUAAAGAACAGUUAAAUUGUAAAUAUGAAAAUUCUGACAGAAAAUGUAACUUAAUACAAUGGUGUAAAUACUGUAUUAGGACACAGUAAUGAUAGGGAUAUUUUUUCAAUAAAACUUUUCAGAGUCUUUAGGUUUUUAAUGACAGCAAAUGAUCCCUUUAGGCCUCACUGCUAUACAGUAUUUUGUAACAAUCACAGCUCAUUGUGUUCCCUUUUCUGGGUGUGUCGAGGAUUUAUGUAGCUAUCAUCUUAGACGCACCUUAGAUUCAUUUAGUUACCAUGUUGUCUUAUAAUGAAGCAGGCAGAUGCAGUCAAAAAUGCUUUUAACAUUUCUGAUUAGAUUAGCUAAAAUAAACUGGUCUUGAAUAGAGCUUGGAUCUGGUUAAAGGUCCUACGUCUGUGUAAUCCCUCAGUCGUUCAGGUCGGAUCCAUAGUAAAAGCCAAGGUUAGCGAUCUGAGAAGAACUGAAGAAGUCUCUUGGAUGAGCAGCGAAACGUAUUUACUCCUACAAUUUUUUAUUCAGUGGCUUUUACUAUUAAAGGUCCUACAUUACACAAAAUUUACACUUGUUGUGUUUUGUUUUAUUCAUAUGUAUUUGAGCAACGCUACAUUAUUUGUCUACAUCUCCAAAGCUCAAAAUGUUCAGUUCCACCUUGUGAUGUCAUGAAGUGGUAGUUUUCAAGUUAACAGCUCCUUUUACAUUUAGUUCAGCAGAGAUUGGCAAUUCCAGGGGUGAAAUGAAUCCAAAUGAUUCUAAUGAAGGUGUAUAGAGUUUGAAAACACAGUGGAGCACUUUCUGUAUUACCACAUGACAUCAGAAGGUGUUUUCCGAUGGAGAAAAUAACUAAAUAUGCAGGGUUUGUGUGUUAAACAUGUGUAAAUGAAACAAAACACAGCUUCAGGUAUGGUUUUGAUAAGGAAACAACAUUAUAACAUAGAUCAGAAUAUAGCGUAAUAUGGGGCCUUUAAAGGUGCACUGUGUACCUUUUAUGGUGGAAAGUAUGCCAUGUGCUUGUCUCCAUGGAGGUGUUAUUGCCUUUUCUGAAAUACUGCACCAAUUACAUGUAUUAACUGCUAAAAAUAUAUCUUAAAAGUCAUGAAUUCUGACAGUGAGCAAGUCACUUCUUCACAAAUCUGUCACCUGUUUGUCUCUUUGGUGAUAGACAAGUUUAAUGUCACACUGUGGAAAAUUCAGGAAAAAGCAUUAACACUCCACCAGAAAUGCUACACAGUGCAGCUUUAAGACACGGUUUACACUCUCUUGUUUGGUCCUAUGUUCAGAGCUAUGGGUCACAUAAAACACGUGACAUUCUUAUGGUGGUACAUAAGGCAAACCUUUAUGUUUACUGCCAAUGUUUAAACCC